AUAACUAAUAGUGACUUCCAAAAAUCAAUACAAUUACUUUUGAAACCAACUCUCUUGUAGUACUAAAUUAAACUAAUGUCCACUUGCAAUAUUAACUCACUGACCUCUAGAACUUGCUAAGUGGGGCAUUCUCCCCGGCCUACUUUUUGAACCACUAUUUUCUGGCAAGUCCACUUCUCCUUGGUUGAUUGGGUCUCACAUCGAAUCAAAUUGUCCGGACCAUAUACUUCUCAAGCGGAUAUCCGAAGCCCAGAGAAUGAAGGAUUGCAUGGAUUUCUUUGGUCAUUUUGCAUAAAGCCCAGAGAAUGGAGGAUUGUCUGUACAAGUAUUCUCCACAGUCUGGGUUGUCUGUACCCAUGAGCUUGGUUUGCGUGACGAUCCACCUCGAAGAACUCCUGUUGCUCUGCGAGUACCCAUGGCUUGCUUCUCUUCUUCUCCGAUUAGACAAUCUCGGAUCUUUGCAACCUCUGCAUUUAAUUGUCCGUGCAUCGCAUCCAUCGUUGUUGGAGACUCAGAUAGCUCUGAAUCACAUGAAAUCUAGAGCGUUGUCUUUGUAUCAAAGACAGGUUUCAACAGAAAAUGCGUUGUUAACAAUGUUUCCGUACUCAGCGGACUUUCCUUGAAUGGACAUUUGCAACACGAGUGGAUGAUUAUUUACCCAACAUACCGAUUUUCCAAGAAGGAAGAAGUCAGAGACACAGAGACUGGAUGGAAUGCUGGGGGCUGAACAUUGUCAUCUGCAAGGACACCCAAAGGCCGAGGUAAAGAACAGUAUCGAACCCAGUCCCCAGCAUCAACAUUUUGCUCACCAGAGUUGCUUUUCACAGAGCGGUUGGCCAUGUUCGCGGGCUUCCUUGCAUGCACCUUAUUUUCAUAUGUCUUCAAAGACCUCCUUCGUCUUGUAUUUCACCCAUUUUCCCUUUUCCUCGUCAUGUUUGCGACAAUCCUUCUCACUCAUGGUGGGAAUCUCAAAGGAAGUGGAGCCGAAUUCCAGACGAUCUCCAUUCACUGGUUUCCCAUAAUAAUAAGCAGCAACACUUUAAGGCUGUCGUGGUCCUGUGCACAUCUUGUGGGUGCGUCAAACCGCUCUGUAGUUGAAUUUGAUAUCUGAAUUGAGAAAGACGGGUAUUGAAACAUUUGUGAAUUCAAGGGUAUGUAGUAGUCGGUUGGGAGUUUUAUAUAUGCGGAUGGACAAGUCAAGUGCGAGAAGUUUUAGGUCGAAUUACUAGUUUCACUUGGGCAGUUUCAAGCCUUUGUGGAGAAACUACCGAUGCAUACCUAUAAUUGGCAGUGGUUUCCAAUCAUACCAACCCGAGCACAUCUGACGAGGAGUUGUAGAGUUCAUCUGUAUGCUUAGGGCAUGGCUGGCUCGAGAUAAACUCUCUCUCAUGCCUGGUGAACCUCUUGCGCAGGGACCGUAAAUUGUGAUACAGAAUGUGCAUAUAGAAUUAGGGGCAGAUAGAUAAUGAGCAUUCCUCGACUUUUUUUAUGAAACUCAAUGAAAGUCCGAGUGUGACACCCCCUACGUGUGGCAUUUCAAAGUGCAGCAGAGCAGGAAUACCAUUGGUCAGAAUAGCCCAUUCCUGUAAGUCGGAAACAACUCACGAUCUACCUCUGUAGGUGGAUUAUGAGCAGUCCCCAAGUUUGGGGAAUUUGAGGAAUUGAGAGGAUGGGUUAAUGUGACACCCCUGUUGAAUUGCACUCUCGAGACAACACUGGAUGCAAUAUCCAAUUUUACUAGUGUAGCAUGCAAUAUUCUUUCAGAGAUUUAAUCUUCACCUACUAUGUUGUUGGGUUUUGCACCCUAAGCUGUGGGGUUUUCACCGUUUUGCAUAGUUUGCAGCCCAAGUAUCAAGCUUGGUCUCAGCAAGCAUGACAUAUUUUUAAGUCAUAGCAGAGGGCAGAAGGAUUUUGUAGAGCAACUCUGUGUGGAUCUUGAAGCUCAAGGUUAUUCUCCAUUCUUUGAUGGAAGACUCAACAGUUUGCCUAAAGGGAAGGAAUUUGCGCCUCUGAUUUUAAAGGCAGCCCAACAUUGUCAUGUUGCUGUUAUAGUGUUGUCUCAAGAUUACUUAAUUUCUAAGUGGCCAAUGAUAGAGUUGUCGGAGUGUCAUGCUGCUGAACAAGCAGGAAACCAAGCGUUGAACUUGCUCCCACUGUUCUUCAAGUCAUCAGUUCACGAUCUUGAUGAUCAGGCUAUCAAGGAGCGGUGGAUGUCUACAUGGAAAGAAUAUGAGAGCGAGGACAAACGAAUUGAUGUGGCAAAAUGGUGUGAGGCUGUGAGAGCGUUGCGAAAGGUGAAUGGCAUUGUGAAUGGCAUUGUGUUUGGCAAGCAUUCAACGACGGAGGUGGCUUACAGAAAGGAGAUAGUGCAAAGCAUUUGUAUCCUGUUGCCUCCAGACUUGGUUGAUCAUGCCAGUUCUAAGAAUGUGGUUGUUUAUGACCGAACGUAUCCGCCUGGCGUUGAGAUAUUGAGAGAGGACCCGUUGGCCUCCAAACUGAAGAGUCUCUCCAUGAAGACUAGACGCGACAAGAAGUGCAAAGUGAAGGUUGAGAUUGCUGAAUUGACUGGGAGUCGUUGUGGGCCUUGCACCUGCCAUUGGACAUGGCAUUCGAACCAGACCUGGAUGGUCGAGGCAAUAUUGUCGUAGGUGGUUAUGAGGUGAACAAUGACACCAGCGUCCGGCUUACGAUUGAAGUGACAUGGCAAGAUACUUCUCUGUAAUAUCUGUGGAUGAAUCGAUGAAAUGCUCCAAACCAGAGCUCAUUUACCCUCUAGUGAUGCUGGACGACGGCGAAGCAGAGAACUGUUUCUCGCGCAG